AUGGGGACGCUGACGAGAUCAAAAAGUGGUACCAGCAGAAGUCAGAUACUUCAGUUCAGGUUGGGAAGACACUGGCCGUCUUCACACAUAUCGUGCGAACAUUUAGUUUGCACCACACAGAAGGCAGACGAGCUCUACGUUGCCAUAUUUAGUCAGCGAAAUAAUGAUGUCAUUAUGUUCUAUGAACAUGGCGGUGUGGACAUAGGAGACGCACGAUCAGUGAAAAUUGAAGUGUCGUUGGAUGAUAAUGAGAUGAUGCCAACAGAAGCUCAACUCAGCCAACUCAUAGGAAAUCUUGAUGACAAAACAAGCGCUAGACUGAAACAGCUGAACUUUUUGUGUUCUGACAAAUGGAAGACACGAUCCGGUUCAAAUGUGGAAUUCCCUGCUCCAUUUGGUAGAGACCUUACAAAAGAGGAGCAAUAUAUAGCCGAUCUAGAUGCGAAAACUGGUGCUUCUCUGAAACUAACUAUAUUGAAUAGAAAAGGACGAAUAUGGACAAUGGUUGCCGGUGGUGGAGCAUCGGUGGUGUUCACUGAUACGGUAUGCGAUCUUGGUGGUGCCUCUGAACUGGCGAAUUACGGUGAAUAUUCUGGUGAUCCAUCAGAAACUCAAACGUUUGAAUAUGCAAAAACUCUCCUGUCGGUGAUGACGGAAGGCCCACCACAUCCAAAAGGCAAAGGAAUUGUGCGAGCGUUCGAAGUGUUUGUUGAGCGUAUACGUGAACAUAAAGUGACAAUUUUUGUACGCCGUGGUGGUCCCAAUUAUCAAGAAGGUCUUCGGAGAAUCAAAGAUGCAGCACAAAAGCUGGAGUUACCGGUGCAUGUGUUUGGUCCGGAAACCCAUAUGACAGCUAUUGUUGGAGCAGCACUUGGUAUUCGUGAUCUCCCAGAAGUACCACACGUACCACAGACUACUGGGCAGUUCCUUCUCAGUCCAGAAAGAAACACGGCUGGAGGAGUUCGUGCCACGUCCCGACACCCGUCUAAUGAUCUCAAUUCGGACCCAGCUGCUGGUGACUCCACAUCUACCGCUGUCAUGAGCAACUCUAAUGAGAAUCACCAACUGUACGAGAGUCUCUUCGAAAACAAUUCAAAGGCUAUUAUCUGGGGUCAGCAACAGAAAGCUAUUCAGGGUAUGCUCGACUUUGACUACGUUUGCCGUCGUUUGGAGCCAUCAGUCGUUGCAUCAACUUAUCCUUUCACGGGCGACAACAAACAGAAGUACUACUUCGGCCAUCGGGAAAUCCUGAUUCCGGCUUAUAAAUCGAUGGCAAAGGCAUUCGCAACCCAUCCCGAUGCAACCAUCCUUUCUACGAAACUUUCCCACAAGAUUCGCGUGAUUGCUAUUAUUGCUGAGGGUGUGCCAGAAAAUCAAACGCGUAAAUUGAUCAAGAUGGCAUCAGAGAAAGGAGUUACUCUAAUUGGCCCGGCUACCGUCGGUGGAAUCAAGCCGGGAUGUUUCAAGAUUGGUAACACGGGAGGAAUGAUGGAUAAUAUCCUUGCGUCAAGAUUGUAUCGCCCAGGAAGUGUCGCCUACGUUUCUCGUAGUGGAGGAAUGUCGAACGAGUUGAACAACAUUAUUGGUGCAAAUACUGAUGGUGUGUUCGAAGGUAUCGCCAUUGGAGGUGAUCGCUAUCCAGGAUCCACCUACACCGACCAUAUCAUGCGCUAUCAGAAUGACGACAGGGUGAAAAUGAUGGUGCUGUUAGGAGAAGUACAAUUUGGACACGCAGGAGCAUCUGCAAACGCCCUGGGUGAGACGGCAGCGGCUAAAAAUGCGGCACUCAAAGAAGCUGGUGCACGCGUGCCUCACUCCUUUGAUGAUCUUGGAAAACUCGUCAAAGAGACUUUCAACGAACUGGUUGACAAGGGUAUUGUGGUACUUCGGCCGGAAGUUCCUCCACCAGCUGUACCCAUGGACUACGCCUGGGCUAGAGAACUUGGUUUAAUCCGUAAACCGGCAUCGUUCAUGACGUCAAUUUGCGAUGAACGAGGUGAAGAGCUCAACUAUGCCGGAGUUCCAAUCACCAAAGUGCUAGAACAGGACAUAGGAGUUGGCGGUGUGCUUGGCUUAAACGACUACCUGCCUAUGCGAACAAGUUUAUUGAAGUCUGCCUUGAUGCUGACUGCCGACCAUGGACCUGCAGUAUCUGGUGCCCACAAUACGAUCGUUUGUGCCAGAGCUGGAAAAGAUUUGAUUUCUUCACUUGUAUCAGGAUUGUUGACUAUUGGAGACCGUUUUGGUGGUGCUCUGGACGGUGCAGCACGUCAAUUCUCUGAAGCAGUAGAUAAGGGAUGGAGCCCGAUGCAGUUUGUGAACGAGAUGCGCAAGCAAGGAAAGCACAUUAUGGGUAUUGGUCAUCGUGUGAAAUCGAUAAAUAAUCCUGACAAGCGAGUGGAAAUUCUGAAAAACUUUGCACUGGACCGUCACCAAUUCAAACAAGAGACGCCGUUGCUCGAAUAUGCGCUUGAGGUGGAGAAAAUCACUACGGCAAAGAAACCCAAUCUAAUUCUGAAUGUGGACGGUGCGAUCGGUGUGAUUUUCGUGGAUAUCCUUCGUCAAUCAGGAAUGUUCACUCCUGCUGAAGCUCAAGAAACAAUCGAAAUUGGAGCUUUGAAUGGACUCUUCGUCCUUGGACGCAGUCUUGGAUUUAUUGGUCAUUAUUUGGACCAACGCCGUCUGAAGCAGGGCUUGUAUCGUCAUCCCUGGGACGAUAUUUCAUACAUAAUGCCCGAACGUGAUCUGGUAGGUUAA